AUGGACUCCGGGGCAACAGAUCAUGUCACUUGCAACCUAUCUCAGUUGAGCAUUAGUAAGAACUAUGAAGGUGAGGAUAAGCUUCAGGUUGGCAAUGGUGAGUACCUUCUCAUUUCCCAUACUGGUCACUCAUUUAUUCCUAGUAAUCUUCAUUCUAAGUGUCUUUAUCUUAAAAACAUACUGUGUGUUCCUAAAAUCACAAAAAAUCUGCUGAGUAUUUCUAAGUUUACAAGGGAUAAUAAUGUUGUUGUUGAGUUUGAUGCUAACUCUUGUGUUAUUAAGGACAAGUCAACCAAGGCCAUGUUACUACAAGGGGGUCUUAAAGAAGGACUUUAUCAACUGGAAAUUCCAACAAACACCACUGACCUGUUCAAACCAUGUGUCUCUUCUUAUCAAUGUGAUCUGACUACCGCUUAUACGUCACCAAACCUGGCAGCCACUGCACAUUUUAUGAGUCCUUCAACCAAAGACUCCUCUCAAUGCUUCCAUAAACCUGUGACCAACAACCAACAUCUAGAGUUAGUUGGAAAAGUCAAUAAAAACUCUGAUGUAGUUUCGAAUGUUAGCUAUAAUAAAGGUUCUGUUUCUGAAGUACAAUGUAAUGGUUUUUGUUCUAGAAAUGAGUCAAAAUGUAUUUCUGUUGAACCUAAUGUUUGUCCUACUGUUACUACUAAUGAAAUACAUAAUGAUGAAUUCUUGUUUGAGCCUACUGCUUCAAUGGUUGAGAAUAAUACUGUUACUGCGUCAAUGAGUGAAAAUAAUACUGCAAACUGCUAUGUUAAUGAAAAAUUGUCUACUUAUUGUCUUGUUAGUGAACAAUUAUCUGCUGUUAAUUGCCCUGUUCAUGAACAAUUGUCUGUUGAAAUUUUUUACACUACUGUUUCCAUAGCAAAUUGCUUGACUGUUGACAAACACUCACAUCAACACAUGAUUUGGCAUAAAAGAUUGGGUCAUCCCAACUCAACUAAAUUGCAUAAAAUCUUAUCAACACUUCCCAAAUCUGUUUCUCUUACUGAAAACCAAAGUCUGCCUAUCAAAGUGUCUAAUUUCUGUGAUGCUUGUCAGCUAGGAAAGUUACAUCAAAAUAGUUUUCCCUUGUCUCAAUCUCAUGCUACAGAACCCUUAGCUCUAAUUCAUAGUGAUGUGUGGGGUCCUGCACCAGUCACCUCAGUAGAAGGAUUUAGGUAUUAUGUGCAAUUCCUAGAUGAUUUCAGUCGCUUCACAUGGCUGUUUCCCCUUAGAACAAAAGCUGAAGUUAAAUCCACCUUUAUCAAAUUCCAUCACCUUGCUGAGAGGCAGUUUGGAACAAAACUAAAGUGUCUCCAGUCAGAUCAAGGAGCAGUAGUUACAAGUGUCAAAUUUAAUGAAAAUGAAUUUCCUUAUUCUCAAGAGUUUGAUAAAUCUUCUGUUCAAUCCAAUUUUGACCCUUCAGCCAAUUCCACCAAUGCUUGUUCUAAUAAUACUUCACCACUGCCAUAUAUAAUCUUCCAACAUAACCCUUUUUCAGCAGCUUCUGAUCCCCAAGUAGUAACUGGUUCUCAGACUGUUCUUAACAAUCCAGCAGUUGGUACUAACUCUACAGUAGCAGGUAAACUCUCUUCAAACUUAUCUGAUUCAUCAUUACCUAGUAUCUCUAAAAUUGCUGAUAAUUCUAGUCAUAACCCUUUGAUAAAUUCACAUGAGGUUACUAAAGAUAGAUCAGAAUCUUUCCCAUCUAACUCAAACAGUCAUAAUCUGGUAUCUUCUUUACCUGUUAUUUCCUCCUCAAAUAAUUUGCCAAAUUUUCAUAUUGAGGUUGAUUUAGAUUCUACUACACCAGCUUGUGAUCCUGCAUAUAGUUGUAAGCUUCCAGAUUUAAAUCCACUUUCAAAAACACACUCUGGCAGUCCUCAUACAGAUUUAUAG